UUGUAGCUAGGUUAGCCAGCUAGCAUUAGCAUUACCUUCCUGUCGUGUUUAUGGUGUCAGUGCAGCUGCACAGAGAGAGUACAGCUAAGUGUUGUCAACACAGCAGGUUAACUCCCUGACGGAGCUAACGAUUUGAAACCAUUGGGAAAACCGAAUCUGAAACAGUGAAACUGGUAGUCUAUCUUAGUAGCGUUACUUUGAGGAAGAGAAUGAGUCACCCAGUUGGGAUCGCUCGUUUCAUCGCAUCAUUUUUUUUUUACGUGAGGACAACACGGCUGUUUAUCCAUAGCUAACACGAGCAAAUUGGCUCUCAUGGGAGCACAUGAAGAGGGCUCUGUGCUGCUGCAGACAUUGACAAGGCGUGGGGUUCUUCACCAAGAAAAUGGAGAAGAUGUCACGGGUUACCACAGCCCUCAGCAGCAGUACCAUCAAUGGCAGAACUAUGUUCUGCCAUCUGGAUGCUCCUGCCAACGCCAUCAGCGUGUGCCGUGACGCCACGCAGGUGGUGGUAGCCGGCCGCAACAUCUUCAAGGUCUACGCGCUGGAGGAGGAGCAGUUUGUGGAGAAGCUGAAUCUGCGUGUCGGCCGUAAACCCUCUCUCAACUUCAGCUGCGCAGAUGUUAUGUGGCACCAGAUGGAGGAGAACCUGCUGGCCACGGCGGCCACCAAUGGGGCAGUGGUCACCUGGAACCUGGGAAAACCCUCUCGUAACAAACAGGACCAGCUGUUUACUGAGCACAAACGGACUGUCAACAAAGUGUGCUUCCACCCCGUAGAGGUUUAUAUGCUGCUAAGUGGCUCGCAGGAUGGAUUCAUGAAGUGUUUCGACCUGCGCAAGAAGGAGUCUGUCAGCACUUUCUCAGGUCAGUCAGAGAGUGUAAGGGACGUCCAGUUCAGCAUGAAGGAUUAUUUCACUUUUGCUGCAUCAUUUGAGAAUGGUAACGUCCAGCUGUGGGACAUCAGGAGACCGGACCGCUACGAGCGAAUGUUCACUGCCCACACUGGUCCUGUGUUCUGCUGCGACUGGCACCCUGAUGACAGGGGAUGGCUUGCCACUGGGGGAAGGGACAAAAUGGUGAAAGUGUGGGACAUGACCACUAACCGGGCCAAGGAAGUCUAUUGUGUCCAGACUAUCGCCUCAGUUGCACGGGUGAAGUGGAGACCCGAGAGGAAAUUUCAUUUAGCCACCUGUUCCAUGAUGGUGGAUCACAACAUCUACGUGUGGGAUGUCCGCAGACCUUUCAUUCCCUUCGCCACCUUUGAGGAACACAAGGAUGUGACCACUGGGAUCGUGUGGCGCCACCAGCAUGACCCUUAUUUCCUGCUGUCUGGCUCUAAGGACAGCACACUCUACCAACACAUGUUCAAAGACGCCACUCGUCCUGUGGACAAGGCCAACCCCGAGGGUCUGUGCUUCGGACUGUUUGGUGACUUGGCUUUUGCAGCCAAGGAGAGCCUGAUCAGCAGUGAUGCCAACAGAAAGCCUUACCCUGGAGGCGACCGCCGCUACCCCAUCUUUUUCUUCAAGAAGCCUGACCCGACAGAACAGUUUGCCCAUGUGUCCAGUGCACUUAGUGUCUUUGAGACAGACUUGGACAGUAACCGCAUGGACUGGUUUGUCAAGACAGCACAACUCUACCUCCUUAGUGGGAAGCCGUUUGGUGAGCUGUGUGAUCACAACGCCAAGGUGGCCCAGGAGCUAAAAAGACCUCAGGUUUCCACAACAUGGACCAUGUUGAGAAUCAUGUUCUCUGACCCAGCAAACCUCACAACACCCGGUCUAAACCACAGCCUCAGUAAACUGGGUACUUUGCCCUUAAUGAACAGUUUCAGCAUGAAGGAAAUGGGGUCAGGGAUGGGCACUGAAAGCAGACUGGAGCGCAGUAAAGGUGAGAGCAGGCAGGACAACAUCCACUUGGAGCCUGGGAACUCCCACAUCAGCAAUAAUAAUGAAGAGAACGAGGAGACGGAAGGCAGCGAGGGCCAGGCUGAAUACAUGUUCGGUGAUGCAGAGUUAGAUGACGACGACCUCUACUCUAUGGAGCAUGACAACCAAACGGAGGAGCAGGAGUACACACUGCCCCAGGAGGCCUUCCAGCUGCGCCACGAGAUCAUGGACAACCCAUCUGCUCCUGAGCACCUUCAGCAGGACAAGGCCGACUCCCCGCACGUCAGCGGCAACGAGGCAGAGGUCACUUGUCUGACGCCCAUCGAGUCCUUCUCACUCAUCUCCAUUUCCCAGCCGCUGUUCUGCCCACAUCUACCUGCCAGCUUCUUCUGCCCCAUUGUGCGGGAGAUGCUGAGCUACUACGCUGAGCAGGGUGACGUGCAGAUGGCCGUGUCUGUGCUUAUCGUCUUGGGGGACCGCAUACGCAAAGAGAUCGACGACCUCACCCAGGAGCAUUGGUACAUGUCCUACAUAGACCUGCUGCAAAGAUUCGAGUUGUGGAACGUGUCCAAUGAGGUCAUCAAGUUGAGUACAUGCAGUGCCAUCACCUGCCUAAACCAGACAUCUACAACACUACACAUCAACUGCAGCAACUGCAAGCGGCCAAUGAGCAACAAGGGUUGGAUUUGUGACAGGUGCCACCAGUGUGCCAGUGUUUGCGCAGUGUGCCACCAUGUGGUGAAGGGGCUGUUCGUGUGGUGUCAGGGCUGCAGCCACGGUGGACAUCUGGAGCACAUUAUGAACUGGCUCAAGAGCAGCGCCCACUGUCCUGCAGGCUGUGGUCACCUGUCUUGCACACAUUCAAACCUGGCAGCUGACCAGAACAUCCAGCCAUCUACUCUUGUCUGCUGAGCAGUUCCACAGGAACAGUAAGGAUAAAAACAUCUUGCUCGAGGGCACCUUAGUGAGAAGAAAAGAGGACUACUUAUUUACUUUCCCCCAGCUGCACUUUACUCUCAUGGGCUCAGAAAAUCCCAGCUGGCAACCUGCCAACAUCUCGAGCCUCCAGUCUACCAGCCAGACACAACGUGUGCUGCUCAGAGUAACAGUUAUUUGCUUAUCUUAGUUUGUAUAGCUCAUUGCUGGUGAGAUGCACUACAAAUAAGUGUAGAAGCCAACAGAGACAUCUUCAGUUCACAUAAACCUCAAAAGACCAGCUUUGUCUUGGGUGAAAUCUGACUGUAACUAAGAAUCCCUGUUACAUCCCAGUACUGUGUGGCUUGAUGGCAACUGGUUGGAGGAUUUUAGAGUCUGUUUGUCAGUUUUAGUGGCAGACAUUCAUGACAGGAGUAAAUUAGCACUGUGAGAUGGAGAAUAUUUUAGCAGUCCAGUCUCAACACUGUGUUUAUUUGGCCACGCUUACAGUCUGUCUUUCACUGCCGACUGCCAACAAGAGGGUAAAUCAGCAGCAGUAGAUGACGGUAGAUGACAGUCCUCUGCCCCUUGACCUUAUUUGCUGAAACCUCAUCUAGGGUUUAGUGACUCAAAAGCAUCCUGUAUCCUGGCACGCAAAACAUCACUGGUGCAGUAAUCGUCAUCUCUGGGAGUUUUCCUUCCCAUUCACACAUCACAAAAUGAUGUGUGAGAAAUCCACAGGCCUGAGGCUGAUCAGCUGCUAAAGCUACGUAAACUCAGCCAACAUACAUAUCGGGCCAAGGUUGUCGCAGAGUAGCAACUGUCAUCACAUCGAUAUACUGCCAAGACUGCGGGCACAGUAGAGGAGUUUCAGAUGUACUCCGCAUGAGGACAUCCCAACAAUUAGAAGGAGGGGAUCCCCUGACCCUCGAGGCUCAGUGUACACAGAGCUCACCCAUAGUGUUAGAAAUUUACAUUUUGACCACAUCAAUAAAGUAGACAAGCAUACAGAUGGAAAUAAGGGUGAUAUUCAAUGUUGCUUAAGGAGACAGACUCUAAAAUAAAUGUUAAAAUGUCUUGUUAUUUCACACACCUGUUUACAGGUAGAGUCCAAUGAGAACCACAAAUUACAUUCAAGGGUUUUAUAAAGAAGAAACCACUAACAAUGUUCAAUUGAAGUUUAACAGGAGACGAUAAGUUCCAGGAAAAUGAUCCCCCCUGAUCAUUGGAUAUGAAGACAUACUCUUUUUUUGUUUGUUUGUUUUUUUCUUUUUAAACAACAGAUCCUUCCAGUGUUAUAACUUGACCUCUUCAAUUCUUUACUACAAAUGAUCAUAAAAUGUCUCCUGAAAGGACUAAGCUGCCAGUGGGUAGAUCUGUUUUUUCCCCCCUCUGCUUACUGUUUGGAUAAUUCUGUCCACAUGUGCACAUAAACACCCUUCACCACUGUAACUUUAACAUAAAGAUUUGUCUGUGGGACAUGCAGUAAAUUUCCAAUUUACAUCU